GUGUUUUUUCUCUCAAAAGCUCUUGAUUUUUAUAGAUUAUUCAGCGAUUUUAAAGAACAAAGAGCUGCAAGAUAUGCACACUUUAUUUCUUAAAAAAAAUUUUACUUACUUCUUAACCCUGUCCUAAAUUCAACAUUGACUGGUUAUAAUUAGGUUAUGUUUUAUCAAUACCCAUAAACUUUGUAAGUUCGUGUUCUCCUGGUACCGUAUUGUUCCAGUGACCCAAAUAGACUAAUGUCUUUGUCGUAUGAAGCAGAAUAUCAAAGGAUAAACAGCGUCGCGGUUAUGAUUUCAAUCAUAAACUGGAAAAUGAAUUUACCCAAAAGUUUAGCUUUUUGCAGAAUAUUGUGAUGGAUAUCAAGACAAACGGAAAGCUAUCAAGACAUAGUAAGCCAAAAACUGAUAAGCUAACUCUGUCUGGAAAUUUUACUUCUCAGCAUCGAGCUUUUGAUGUGAUACCCCACUGUGAUAGAGAGAUCAUGAGACAAAAUAUUUUAGAACAGGUUAUGAAGAAGACAGGACAAGUAAAACAAAAUAAAGAUGAUGAGAUGUAUGAGGAUCCGAGAGAUAUUAUUGUUACAGAGAAACCUGUAAAACCACCAAGGAAACGUACCGCUCAUACAGUUACUACUACGUCAACAUGUCAGUCUAAAGACAAGAGUCUAGCAAAAGAACAAAAAAGAAAAUUAACAAAGAAAUAUGAAAUACUGGUUACUUCCUUGAUGGAGAAGUGUGAAGAGAAUAUAGCUGUGAUUUCAGAAAAAGACAAUCAAAUAGCAAAACUUAAAGACAAACUCAAGACUGUCUUAGAGUACAACAAACUGUUUACAGAAGAGAAUGACCAACUUAGAAAGCAGUAUGAAGUCGCAUUGAAAUAUGUAGAAGACUGUAAAACAGGUAUUAGAGAGGAGAGGAGUAGAAAUAGAGAUCUGGAAGAGAAGAACAAAGAGUUGGAUGAGAGAGUUAAGAAAUUUGAAAUGCCUGAUAGAGAUAAUUGCGGGUCGACGGCGAUUCCUUUAGUGGAAGUGUGUAUGAGCUGUAGCAGCCGCCAGAUCAUACUGAACCAGGCGAGGGAGCAGAAUUCGAGAUUGCAGAAGGACAUGCAGGCGCUCAAGGAUGUCUUGUAUCGGUAUAUUUAG